ACUGUUUCCAUAGUAUUAGAAACAGCAAAACGAUUAGUCGUUUUCACAUAGAUGAUAACUCUGAUGUUUCUCUGGUUAAUAAUUUUAAGACAAUCGCUUUACAUGAUCGAAGCGAGAGUUUACUGUGAGGAUACAAAUACUAUGCCUUGGAUGCCUAUCGGAUUUUCGUGUCCUGUAUUAUGUGCAAGCAUCAGGAACGCAAUUGAAAGAUUGAUAAUGACAGAUUACAAUAAAUCCGUUCAAGAACAGUUGGGACAUAAAAAUAUAAAUAAAAAAAUAUUUAAAGAUGAUUUCGUUAACGAAGAUAUAAUAUACAUCACUGUGCAUGGACUAAGGCAAAAUUCUAUACGCGAUAAAGACGACAUUAAAGAACCUUUUCAAAAUGACAUUUCAUCAAACGUCAAUUCGCACUCACACAUACGAAACAAUAGAAUAUUUAAAACCCUACAAAAUAAAAAAGAUACAUCAAGUCCAAAUAAAAGUAACGAGAAAAUCAACGAUAUUUACAGUGAGGAUUUUAAGAAAAACAAGACAACGAAGAAGUGUUGGCAUUUGGUGAAAUUUAAACCGAAUCAGUUAAUCGGUAAAAUUGUUCGAAAAGAAUGUUCUAGACGAUCCAACUUCGACGCUAAAUUCUUAUCUAUAAUGACGAAUGUUUUAAACGAAUAUGCGAAUACGAGGUUCAAAUUCACCAAUGAAAUGACUGAGAUUCUCCUGGACAAUAUAUUCGGUCAGAACACAGAUCUCCGCAACAACAUAUUCGACGUCAACAAACUCCUCAAAUAUUUGAGGAAAUCUGUCGACCUGCACAAGAGCCAUUCCAAUGUGAUCACAUUGAAGUCUACUCAUUGUCUCACGAUAUCAUUACCCGGAUGUUUCUGCAAGGCCGGAUACGUUGAGAGUUCUGGUCAGUGUGUUAAGCCUUCUGACUGUGUUGAAGACGCUUAUUAUAAAAAAUAUUUAAAGAGAAUCAUUGUUAUUUAAUAAAAUAUAUAAC